GAUUAGCGGGUCAAUAUGGUGGGUUCCCUAGCCCAACCCACCCAUUUGCCACCCUACUUUAAGCUCCGUAAGGUCUCAAGCAAGUCAGCACGAGAGAGAGAGAGAGAGCCUUCACUGUUCGCCUUCGCCAUGGUGCUUCUGCAGCCGGACCCGUUUCUUAAUGAGCUCACAAGCAUGUAUGAGCGUACCACAGAGCGUGGCUCUGUCUGGGUCACCUUGAAACGCUCAUCCAUGAAGUCUAAGGCAAAGAGGAAUAAAAUGACAAGUGCGGGUGAAACAAUUGAAUAUCGAUGCCUUGUUCGAGCUACUGAUGGCAAAAAGACCAUCUCCACUGUGAUGGAAUGCCAAUCUAAAUUGGUUUUGUUAUCCUUUGAGUAUAAGCUAUCAGCAAAGGACCAUCUCCGCUUUCAAGCUUCAUAUGCUACAAUUCUGAAGGCACACAUGAGUGCACUAAAGAAGAGGGAGAGGAGGGACAAGAAAAAGGCAGGCGAUGGGCAAACGAAACAAGAAGAUUUGAAGAAGCCUCCCAAAAAGUCUUCCAGUUAACCCAGGUUUAUUCAUUCUCCACCCCUUAGACCUCAUUGGGAUUUCUUUCUUCAGAGGUUCUAACCUACUAUCCAUGAAAUGGGACAAACAUAAUUAUUAUUUUGUCUUUUUUCCUUUUAUGACUGGUUUGAAUGGUGAGGAAGAGAAAACAAAAGGAACUUGUAAAUGACUUUCUAUUUGAUUGAGACAUAUGAAUAUAUAUUUCUUUUCUUGCAUGGAA